AUGCAGAAGUGGUUAGGACUGUGGAGAAUGGACUUGGUACAAAAAAUGUCCCACGGUGUGUUACCAGGUUCGUCUGAAGAAUCGGUUGCCUUUACGAAUCAUGAUUAUGUAGUAUUAGGGGAAAUGUAUCCCGAGCAAGAGCAGAAAAAUAGCUAUCAACAGUCUGAACAAGAAGAUGAAUUUCGCAGCGAAGCAGCUAGUGGUGGGUUUCUCAGCAAUUUCUUUGGUAGAGAGAAUUCUUCCUACACGCAGGAGUUUCUUUUGGAUGUACGAUCAAGGGUUAACUUUACGUAUCGGACAAGAUUUGUUCCUAUAGCAAGAGCACCCGAUGGACCUUCACCUUUAAGUUUAAAUGUAUUAGUUCGGACAAAUCCAAUCAAUACAAUAGAGAACUACAUAGCAAACCCUGAUUGCUUUAAUACUGAUAUUGGCUGGGGGUGUAUGAUAAGGACAGGACAAAGUUUGUUGGGCAAUGCUCUACAGAUCCUUCACUUGGGAAGAGAUUUCAGGGUUGAUGAAGAUGACGAUUUCAAGCGGGAGUCAAGAAUUGUAAAUUGGUUCAACGACACACCUGAAGCCCCGUUCUCAUUACAUAACUUUGUCUCUACAGGUACAGAACUCUCUGAUAAAAGGCCAGGUGAAUGGUUUGGUCCUGCAGCUACUGCAAGAAGUAUACAAUAUCUGAUCUACGGCUUCCCUGAAUGCGGCAUAAGCGCUUGUAUAGUCUCUGUUUCAUCUGGCGAUAUAUAUGAAAAUGAGGUUGAAGAAGUAUUUGUUGAUAAUCCAAAUAGCAGUAUUUUGUUCUUGUUGGGCGUGAAGCUCGGCAUCAAUGCUGUCAACGAAAGUUAUAGAGAAAGCAUAUGUGGUAUUUUAAAUUCUGCGUGGUCAGUAGGUAUUGCUGGCGGUAGGCCCUCCUCAUCAUUGUACUUUUUUGGAUAUCAGGGGAAUGAAUUCUUACACUUUGACCCUCAUAUUCCCCAACCGGCCGUAGAAGAUUCCUUUGUGAACUCAUGUCAUACCAGUAAAUUUGGUAGAUUACAACUAUCGGAAAUGGAUCCUUCAAUGCUCAUUGGCGUUCUGAUCAAAGGAGAAAAGGAUUGGCAAAGAUGGAAGCUAGAAAUUGCGGAAUCCACUAUUAUAAAAGUUCUUCCUGAAAGAAUGGAUGAUUUUGAUGUGAGUUGUAGUAUGGAUGACGUUGAAAGUGUUGACUCUAGCUCGAUGAAGAAAGAUAUAAGCAAUAAUGAAAACCUUGGAGUAUUGGAGGGAGAUUACGUAGAUAUUGGCGCGAUACUUCCGCACACGGCGGACACAGAAGACGCAGAAGAGGAUGAUUGUUUUCAAGACAUUCACUGUAAGAAUCAAAAAAUUGUUGUCAUGGGGAACACGCACGCAGUCAAUGCAAACUUAACCGAUUAUGAAGUAGAAGGUGUCCUUGUAGAAAAAGAAACAGUUGGUAUUCCCAGUCCAAUUAAUGAAAAAUGUUAG